AUGUCAACACCUAACCAGUAUCCUAAAACGAAUAUUGUCAAACUCAAUCCACCUUCAACGUCAACAGCGAUGAGAGAUAACAAUAGUGCUGACGGAAAACCCACAAAUAACGAUCAUCAUCAAAACAAUAAUAAUAAUAAUAAUAAUACGACAUCAUCGACUAUCCCAACAUCGUCGUCUUUAUCCUCGACACGUUUACAGUCGACCAAAAUGCGUAGCGAUCCCAAUGAACCACAUAUUGGCAAAUAUCGCUUUAGCAAGACCAUAGGUAAAGGUAAUUUUGCUAAAGUCAAAUUAGCUCGACAUAUCCCAACUAGUCGUGAAGUUGCUAUAAAAAUCAUCGAUAAAGCUCAACUUAAUCCAACAUCAUUACAAAAGUUAUUUCGUGAAGUUAAAAUAAUGAAAGGACUCGAUCAUCCAAAUAUUGUCAAACUUUUUGAAGUAAUUGAAACCGAAAAAACUCUUUAUCUUGUUAUGGAAUAUGCAAGUGGAGGUGAAGUAUUUGAUUAUCUUGUUGCCCAUGGUCGUAUGAAAGAGAAAGAAGCAAGAUCAAAAUUUCGACAAAUCGUUUCUGCUGUUCAAUAUCUUCAUCAAAAACACAUUGUUCAUCGUGACCUUAAAGCAGAAAAUUUAUUACUUGAUGCAGAAUUAAAUAUAAAAAUAGCUGAUUUUGGUUUUAGUAAUGAAUUUACACCCGGAAAUAAAUUAGAUACAUUUUGUGGUAGUCCACCGUAUGCUGCACCAGAAUUAUUUCAAGGAAAAAAAUAUGAUGGACCUGAAGUUGAUGUUUGGAGUUUAGGUGUUAUUUUAUAUACACUUGUUAGUGGUUCAUUACCAUUUGAUGGACAAAAUCUCAAAGAAUUACGUGAACGUGUUUUACGUGGUAAAUAUCGAAUACCAUUUUAUAUGUCAACUGAUUGUGAAAAUUUAUUAAAAAAAUUUCUUGUUUUAAAUCCAACUCGACGCUCUGCUCUUGAAUCAAUUAUGAAAGAUAAAUGGAUAAAUAUUAGUUAUGAGAAUGAUGAAUUAAAACCAUAUGAAGAGCCAAGUCAAGAUUUUAAUGAUAAUUAUCGAAUAGAAACAAUUUUACGAGAUGGUAGUUAUACUCGAGAUCAAAUCAUUGAUUCAUUAACAUCUCGUAAAUAUGAUGAUAUGAUGGCAUUUUAUCUUCUUCUUGGUCUUCGAACAACUGAUUCCGAUAUAUCAGACAAUCCAACUAUUCAAAUAUCAAGUAAUAAAGGUGUUACAGAUGCUUCAAAUAUUCAAUCUACAUUACCAUCAAAAAUUGUAUCAUCAAGUGUAAGACCAUCAACAGCAAAUGAUAAAGAAAAUCUUCCAUCUAUUGAUAAACAACAUCGACCAGUAACAGCUAUAGCAACAGCCCCUACAACUGAUUAUUCAUUAGUUAAUGGUACAACAACAAAUGGUGUUCCUAGUUCUUUACUUGCAUCCGGAAGUAUUGAUGCAUCAACAUCAAAUCCAAGUGGACCUAUGACAACAAAAACUAAUACAAAUAGUGGUCAACCAGCAUCAAAUAUUAUUUCAAAUCGUACAAAUAUAACAACAGAUAAAUCUCGUGCACAAACAGUUCGUUUACCAAAUGCAGCUGUUCGUCGACGAGAUACACUCGAAUCUGUACCAAAUGAUAGUGGAUCUAUAAAAAAAGCUGAACCAAUUAAUAAUAAUAAUGACAAAACAAAACCUUCUAAUACAAAUUCAGGAGAAACUUUUAAUCGUACUGGCAUGGAACCAUCAUCGACAACAUCAUCAUCUCAAGCACCACAUCAUAUGAUACGUGGACCAUUACGUGAAACAUAUAAUCCAAAAUCAGCAAGUUUAUCUGCAACUAGUUCAUCAUCAACACAACAACAACAGCCACAAAUGUCAAAAAUUCCAGAGAAAAUUAGACCUAGAAUAACAUCACCAGUUGUAUCAUCAUCGACUACUAAUGAGAAUAGUGACACGAUUCGAAUUUAUUCGAAUCAUCAUCAACCAUAUAAUUUCAAUGCUGUGACGGUACAAGCUUCAACUACUUCACCUACUACAACCAAUGCACCACUUGCAUCUACGACUAACACACGUACUGGUAGUGGUAAUGAUGGUUUAUCAUUGAAUCGCUCUGCACCUGAUCGUAAAACUAUACAUACUAUUCCUACACGUCAACAUUAUCCAACAACAAAUACAUCAGCAACUACUAGUGGAUUUAAUACUGAACAUCGAGCAUCAACACGAAAUCCGACUAGUAGUGCAAUGGCUAAUACUGAUGUGAAUAAUCGUCAUCAACAAGGAGCAAUGAUGUCGAGUGCAGCAAAUAGUGGAGCUCAAUCAUUUCUCAGCAAGCUUUCAUCUAAAUUUGCACGAAGAAAAUCAAUUCGUGAAUCAGGUAUACCAUCGGCAACAACUGGAGGUACUAUUGGAAAUAGUAUGACUGGUAGUACAGCAAGUGCAUCAUCAUCUUAUCGUCGCCCAACAGAAUUAAAUAAUACAAGUAUGACAACAAGUACAGCAGGAAAUACAACAAAUGAUAGUCUUGCUGUUGGUGGUGGUGUUGGUGUUGGUGGUGCAGGAGAUAUAAAACCACGUUCACUUCGUUUUACAUGGUCAAUGAAAACAACAAGUUCAAUGGAUCCAUCUGAUAUGAUGAAAGAAAUUCGAAAAGUUCUCGAUAUAAAUAAUUGUGAUUAUGAACAAAGAGAAAAAUUUCUUUUAUUAUGUGUACAUGGUGAUCCAAAUACAGAUUCAGUUGUAUCAUGGGAAAUGGAAGUGUGCAAAUUACCACGUUUAUCAUUGAAUGGUGUUCGAUUUAAACGUAUAUCAGGCACAUCAAUUGGUUUCAAAAAUAUUGCGAGUAAAAUCGCCAAUGAACUCAAAUUGUGA